CUUUUUAAUGAUCAACUGCAGCGGUGACUGGAUCACACAUCCUGUCGGAGACUUAAAGCCAUCAGAACAGAACAUGAACUGGAGGACGUGGGUUUUGUUCGUGGGCCUUCUGUGGAUUUCUACAGGAAAGAGUCAUCCGUGGUGUCAAGAUAAAACUUCUGGGAAACUCAAGAAAUGUUUGACCAGCGGUAACAAACCAUUUGUUGUUCCUGACAAGUUCAAUGCCGUCAUCAAAACACCAAAGCAGUGGACUUCAGCAGCAAAAGGUUGUAUAGUAUUUCUGCAGAAUGGCACAACAGGACGACAGACUUUGCAGAGCGAGUGGCCACAAAUGGAGACAAAGGAUGCUGCUUCCCUACUGCACAUUUCCAAAAGUCAUAUAAAGACGAACGUUCAUCUGUAUGUUCUGCAGGGGAAGAAGUGCAACACUGUUGUAUCUAACCUCACAGGUUCAACAUGUGAAAAAGAUCUCAUCACAGGAUUUUCAGAAAAAGAACAUUGCUGGAUUGCAUGCUUGCAUACAAAAUCCAUAUGUGAAGAAUCUACUUAUGAUCACAACUACUGCAACCAAAUGGUUCCACUGGUGAUGAACAAGUACAUCAUCAACAUAACAGCAACAAAGACAGGCUGUUUGAACUGUGAUAAUCCAGUGAAAAAGCCUGAGGCAAAACUAGAUCUUGCUUAUUUGAAUGGAGGCUUUGAAAAGGGAGAAGAAGUCCGUCCUGCCCAAGCUGCUGAAGUCAUGACCAAAAUGUCAGACCUUGCCACCUCCAUCAAUGUGUCUUCAGCUGCAGUGACUAUAGGAGGAGGAGUCACCGGUAUCUUAGUGAAAGAAACGGAUCCUGCAGACGUACAAGAAGUCUCCUUUGCAUAUGGAUCUUCAAAUGAGAGCAUCAACAUUAUAGAAAGCAGAGAUAGUCUGGCGUCAUUUGCAAGAUCUGUUACAGUGCCGAAAGAAGCGUUUGAAAAAUCUGCCAAGAUGAACAUAAGUGCACCAUUUGCAGCAUUUCUCAGAUUCCCCAAUCUUGCUAAGGAUGAGAAGAACAGCACUGUUUUGGGUGAUGAGGUUUUAGCCAUUGAAAUGGGAACCAUGAUCAGCAAUCUCACAGACACAAUAUCCUUCACUUUUCGGAAUGUGACAUACGAGGGAACUCCAUCUUGUCAGUCAUGGAAUGGAGAAGGAAACCAAACAAACUGGACUGACAGCGGAUGUCUGACAAUAAAAACUGAAGACAACAUUACGUGCCAGUGUUCGCAUUUGACAUUUUUUGCUAUCUUAUUGGCACCUCUUAAUGAAACCACUUCAAGUUCUGACCUCAACACCCUCACCAUCAUCACCCAAGUUGGCUGUGGUUUGUCCAUGUUCUUCCUCAGCAUCGUCCUCUUCAUGCACUUCCUUCUGAGGAGGACCAAGGCCAGCAAAGCCACGAGGAUUCUCAUCCACCUGGUGUCGGCCAUGUUCCUGCUUAACUUCACUUUCCUGAUCAACAACUUUGUGGCGAAGCUGAAGAGCUCCGUGGGCUGUAAGAUCAUGGCGGCUCUCAUGCACUACUUCAUGCUGGCCACGUUCACAUGGUUUGCCGUGCAGGCCUUCCACCUCUGCCUGCAGCUGUACACAGGGGGCAAUAUCGCAAUCCGCCACUACGUACUCAAAGUGUCCAUUACCAGCUGGGUACUACCGAGCGUAGUCGGGGUUGUCCUGCUCAUCAUCGGAAAAUAUGGCGAACAAGUCAUCCUCACGAAUGACAGCGAGGAAAACGUGGCCAUGUGCUGGAUAACAGACAGUUCCGUCCACUACAUUGUCAACAUAGGCUACUACGCGUUGGUCUUCCUCUUCACCUUCGUCACCUUCAUCAUCAUGCUGUCCUGGCUCUUCUGUCUCAAGAGGAGCAACGCUGCCAAUGCACAAAUUGGCAGAAGUGGCAAAAGCAUUGUAACCAUCCUGGGACUGUGCUGCAUGCUGGGUAUCACAUGGGGUUUCGCCUUCUUCGCCCACGGCGUCCUCCGGAUCCCGGCCUACUACAUCUUCACAGUCCUCAACUCCUUCCAAGGUUUCUUCCUGUUCAUCUACUACUACAACACCAGCCACUCAGGAGAGAUCAACGGUGUCGUGAGUGGUCACACAAACACCAGCAGCACCACCACCAACACUCUUAACACUGACCUGGACACCUCCGAGAACCCCUACGGCAACUUGCAGGACAAGGGAUAAAUGCUCGGAGGACGAAUGAGAUCAAGAGACAAAGGUAGAAGAAGCACUCAAAUCUUUUAUUUAAGCUAAACUUGGGUACUUUAAAUACCAAAAGUAAAAGUACUCAUUAUGCAGAAUGGUCCAUUUCAGAAUAAUAUAUUUUAUA